UCUAAAUACAAGCCACACAUUGGUGUCUUCAAAAUUUCUGAGAAUCUAUGUCUUCUCCUGUGUACUCUUGUACUCUCUCACUCUUUGGUGAUUUUUUUUUUUAAAUAGGGUCCCUUUUCCUAAAGAGUUUCCAUAAUCUUGGUCUUAUUAAUUGCAACCUUGGGAUACCACAUUUCCUAUUCCAAUAUGGUGGCCACAUACAGCUGUUGAGUAUUGAAAUGAGACUAGCUUGAACCGAGAUGUGUAAUUACCUGUGUUACGUUUUUGUUGGGUAGCUCCAAUCUACAUCUGGAAUAGAACACUGGCAGGAGUGCUUCAUAGCUAUGGUGUAUACAUCCAUUCAAGAGGCACUAAUGUCUGCUUGUCUCUAAUUGGCAGUCACUGAUGAUCAAAACCUACGUCUGUUAAUUCAUUAGAGGUUGGAAAUAGUUUAAUUAUGUCACUCUUCAAUUACUAGUUGGAAUAGUUCUAAAAAGAGACCCUGUAUGUGUGCCUGAAAUCCCACAGGAUGGAGAAAUAGAUUGUGAUGCAACCAUGACCCAUUUGGAGAGGGCAGGACUUUCUCCCUGCCACACCCUCCCCGCCUCUACCCCGUGUCCACGUGAUUUCUCUAACAAGAGGCUUAGCUGGGAUUAAACCAUCUGUUGGGCAUUUCACUUCUACGUGUUUUGUCCACAGAGAAGCUCUCCCAGGAAUUAUAAGCUGUGUGUGGCUUGGCUCAGUGACUGCACAGCAGAGCAGUGAAGCCACUGGAGGCCUGUGCCUGGCCUGCAGGACUCUACACUCUCUCCCUGCCACCAAGCAGCCUCUCAGCUGUGCUCUGUCAUCUCCACACUCCUGACAGAAUGAACGCCCUCGACGGUGUCCCCUUCAAGGUGCCCAAGAGCUUCAUGGUAGGCAUAGAGCCUCUCCCUGCACCAGACUUCAGUGUCCCCGCCUGCAGGGAGCUUCUGCUGGGCUCGAUGCAUGACUUCAGCCUGGAGAGGAGGGCACUCUUCUGGGUGGAGGCCGUUGUCCAGGGACCCUCCCCGCCCCAGGACAGUGGCCCGGAGACAGCGUCAGCCCCUCCGGCCUGGCUUUUGCUGGUCAGCCCGGAACAGUGGCUGGCACCUGUUACUGCCUCACCUGAAAACCCAGUCGCCAGACCCCAGCAGCAGCCCCAAGAGGAAGAGGAGGAGGAAGAAGGAGAAAAGGAGGAGGAAAAGGAGGCGGAGGCCAAGGAAGAAGCCGCCGCCUCCAGCGAAGAAGAGCCAGCGCCCUGCAGCCCGCUGCCUGGCCCCCCUGUGAGCCCUGGCCCCAGCCACCGCCGGGGCUCGCUAGAUGUGCUGCGUGGCAUGAGGUCUGAGCUGGCCGAGGCGCGGCGGCGGCUCUCCGAGGGCAGGCUGGUUUCCUGUCCCCGUGCCCUCUUGCACCGCUUCCGUGGUCACCGGUCGCUGAGCGUGUCCCAGAGUCCCGCCGUGUCCCAGAGUCCCGCGCCACCCCUGCGCCCCACGCCCCAGCUCUCCAGCGCCCCAGCGUCGCCCCCGCGGCCGUCCACCGCCGGCGCCAUGCCCCCGCUGCGGAGCCACAAGCCCACGGUGGCAUCCCUCAGCCCGUACACCUGCCUGCCACCUCCUGGGGGGGCACCCCAGCCUCGCAACCGGCACAAAUCACACCCUGAUUCUGCGGCUGACCUGCUGUCUGCCCUGAGCCAGGAGGAGCAGGACCUCAUCGGGCCAGUGGUUGCCCUGGGAUACCCCCUGCACAGGGCCAUCACGGCUCUGCAGAAGACGGGGAGACAGAGUCUGAGCCAGUUUCUCAGCUACCUCAGCGCCUGUGACCGGCUGCUGCGGCAGGGCUUCGAGGAGGGCCUGGUGGAGGAAGCCAUGGAGAUGUUCCAGUUCUCUGAGAGCCAGGCAGGGGAGUUCUUGCGCCUCUGGGAGCAGUUCAGCGACAUGGGCUUCCAGCAGGACCGGAUCAAGGAGGUGCUGCUGGUCCACGGCAACCGGCGGGAGCAAGCCCUGGAGGAGCUGGUGGCCUGUGCCCAGUGACUGCCCCUCACCGGGUCGGGCAGUUCACACGAGCCAUGGCGCUGAAACCCGGGAGGACGACAGGGCAGCGCGUGCUUGUUGUAAACCAAACGAUGCCCCGGGUGGCAGUAAAUAGCAGAAGAAUCAGCAGAAAGGGUUGAAAGUGGUUGCCUUUGGGGACGGGCUGGGGGUGCCUGGCAAGGAGCCAUAUUUUCAUACAAGCCUUGUAAAAUCACCUGGUUUAAGUCUCUAGACGGUGUAUAUUGGGAACUCUGAUUUUAAGAAAAUUAAACCAGCAAAUG